GAGGAGGGCGGCUGGGCCGGAGCUGCCCGCCGCGCCGCGCUCCUGCACGCUCGGGACCCGCCCCUACAGGUGCCAUGACUCAGCCGCCCCAGGAGGACUUCAACAGGAGCGUGGAGGACGCCCGGGACUGGAUGAAGGCCGUGCACGAGCGGCUGCAGGUCAACGACAACACCCAGGGGCCCCGCGCGGCCCUGGAGGCCAGGCUGCGGGAGACCGAGAAAAUAUGCCAGCUGGAGCCGGAGGGGCGCGUGAAGGUGGACCUCGUGCUGCGGGCGGCCGAAGUCCUCCUGGCGUGUUGCCGUGACGACCAGAAGCCCGAGAUCCUGGCCCAGCUGAGGGACAUCAAAGCCCAGUGGGAGGAGACGGUCACUUACAUGACCCACUGUCACAGCCGCAUCGAGUGGGUGUGGCUGCACUGGAGCGAGUACCUGCUGGCUCGAGACGAGUUCUACCGCUGGUUCCAGAAGGUGACGGUGGUGCUGGAGCUGCCCGUGGAGCUGCAGCUGGGCCUGAAGGAGAAGCAGUGGCAGCUGGGCCACGCCCAGGUCCUGCUGCACAACGUGGGCAACCAGGCUGUGCUCCUGGACCGGCUGCUGGAGGAGGCGGCCUCCCUGUUCAACAGGAUCGGGGACCCCAGUGUGGAUGAAGACGCCCAGAAGAGGAUGAAGGCCGAGUACGGCGUGGUGAAGGCCAAAGCCCAGGACAGAGUGGACCUGCUAGAGCAGGUGACCCGGGAGCACGAGCACUUCCAGGCACGCGUGGACGAGUUCCAGCUGUGGCUGAAGGCGGUGGUGGAGAAGGUGGGCAGCUGCCUCGGGCGGGACUGCAAGCUGACCACGGAGCGCCGUCUCUGCACGCUGCAGGAGAUCGCCAGCGAUUUCCCCAGGGGUGAGGAAUCCUUGAGGAGGCUGGAGGAGGAGGCUGUGGGGGUCAUCCAGAACACCUCUCCUCUGGGUGCAGAGAAGAUCACCGAGGAACUGGAGGAGAUGCGGAAAGUUCUGGACAAGCUGCGAGCCCUCUGGGAGGAGGAGGAGGAGCGGCUGCAGGGCCUGCUCAAGUCCAUGGGAGCCUGUGAGCAGCAGAGGCGGCAGCUGGAGGCCGAGCUGGCAGAGUUCAGGAAGGACCUUCAGCGGCUGGCCGAGGAUGGUCUGGAGCCCGCGGCGAAAGCAGGGACUGAGGACGAGCUGGUGGCCCGCUGGAGACUCUGCUCGGCGACGCGGGCGGCCCUGGCGGCGGAGGAGCCCCGGGUGACCUGGCUGCAGACCCAGCUGAAGGAGCUCAUCGUCUCCCCACAUGACCUGCAGCCGCUCUCCGACAGCGUGGUCGCCGCGCUCCAGGACUACCAGAGCAUGAAGGGGAAGAGCACCAGGCUGCGCAAUGCCACGGGGGCCGAGCUGUGGCAGUGCUUCCAGAGACAUCUGCAGGACUUGCAGCUGUGGAGGGCCCUGGCCCAGCGGCUCCUGGACAUCACCGCCAGCCUGCCGGACCUGCCCUCCAUUCACACCUUCCUGCCCCAGAUCGAGGCGGCCCUGGCGGAAAGCUCACGCUUGAAGGAGCAGCUGACGACGCUGCAGCUGAAGAGAGACCUGCUGAGGAGCAUCUUUGGCCGGGACGAGGCCACAGCCCUCCUGGAGCAGGCGGCCAGCGCCGUGCGGGACCGAGACCUGCUGCACAACGGCCUCCUGCAGAGGAAGAGCAAGCUGCAGAGCCUGCUGGCUCAGCACAAGGAUUUUGGGGCUGCUUUCGAACCCCUACAGAAGCAGCUCUCCGACCUCCAAAGCAGGGUCCAUGCGGAGAGCGGCCUUCAGCAGGACCUUCCUAGGAAACAGGCCCAGCUUUCCCGGUUGCAGGGGCUGCAGGAAGAAGGGCUGGACCUGGGGGCACAGAUAGAGUCCGUGAAGCCUCUUGUCCAGGGGAACCGCACCCACCAGCACAAAGUGGACCAGCUUUCUGCCGACUACCAGGCCCUGGAGAGGUCUCUGGAGGACCUCAUGGACAGGUGUCAGCAGAGCGUGAGGGAACACUGCACCUUCAGCCACGAGCUGCUGGAGCUGAGACAGUGGAUCUCCGUGGUCACCCAGAAGCUGGAGUCACACCAGGAGGAGGCAGGCCCGUGGGAUGCCCAGUCCCGGGAGGCCGAGGUCGAGAGACUUCUGGCUGAGCUCCCAGAGAAAGAGGCCCAGCUGCCCCUGGUCGAGGCAUAUGGCCGGCUGGUGAUGCAGAAGUCUUCUCCGGAAGGGGCUGCUGUGGUCCAGGAGGAGCUGGGGGAGCUGGUGGCAUCGUGGCAGCUCCUGAGGCUUCUGGAAGAGAGCCUGCUGAGCCUCAUCAGAAACCAGCCGCUGCAGAGGACGGAAGUAGAUUCAGGGAAGAAAACGAUUUUCACCAACAACAUUCCCAAGACUGGGUUUCUCAUCAAUCCCACGGAUCCCGUUUCUGGGUGUCACCGCCGGGCCAAUCAGCUCCCGGAAGAAGGCAGCCAGGAAGGUUUCUCCCAGCUCCUGAGGGACUUUGAGCAGUGGCUGGAGGUGGAAAACGCCAAGCUGGUUCGCAUCAUCGCAAUGAGAACGACCACAGCCAAGGAUCUGAGGAUCCAGGAAACGAAGCUGCAGGAGCUGGAGGCUCGGGUGCCAGAAGGUCAGCAUCUCUUUGAGAACCUCCUUCACGUCGGGCCAGCGAGGGAGUCCUCAGAUGAGCUCGAGGACUUGCGUUACCGGUGGAUGCUGUACAAGUCCAAGCUCAAGGACUCCAGCCACCUGCUGACACAGAGUUCUCCAGGGGAGCCAACUGGAUUCCAGAAGAGCCCGUGGCGGCGGCGGCGGUGGCGAGGACUGGGCCCCCUCUUCUGGAAGGUGUGCCGCGCGGCGCUCCCCCUGCAGCUGCUGUUGCUGCUGCUGCUGCUGUUGCUGUUACUGCUCCCGGUGGGGGAAGAGAGCCGCAGCUGCUCGCUGGCCAACAACUUCGCCCGCUCCUUCACGCUCAUGCUCCGCUACGAUGGCCCCCCGCCCACCUAACCCGCGGGGGCGCACAGGUGACGCCCUCCUCCAACCCUCGUCAGCCCCAGGGCUCCGAGGGGACCCAGGAAACUGGAAACAGAAGCAGGCAGCAAGCCGGCACCGCCGCGUCGGUGUAAAUACUGUAUGGACCUCCCCCGAACAAAACCACUUUUUAUACGGUGUCUUCUUAGUCUGUUUAUACUAAAGGUGUCCCGUGUCCGACGAGGCAACGAUGUA